CUGAUCGAGCAAAUGGCUUGCUUGCAGACCUCAAGUUGAUAGAGCCCAUCAGACUGGUAGUUAAAUCCAACGAUCACAUCUGCUUCUAAUCACACCGAACCAAUGACAAAACUGGAGGAUGUUCUCGCGAUAUCCGCCGGAGUUAUGUACAAUACAACAGCAACUCUGAUAUGCAGAGCAAAGACUUCUCGAGCUUCUGUGCCGUCUUUCUCGCCGGACUGCCUGUCAUAUGCACGCGCGACAAUCGACGCUCAUCUUGAAUGCGUCCCCUUGAUGAGUGGCGACUUGCAUAUCAUGAAUCUUUAUCUCCAUUGGCGAAUUUUGCAGACCCCUUUCAUUCCUCUCCUGGUGGUAAUUCUGCCACAUAGUCGAAACUCAAGACACGGGCGACGCGCAGCGACUCUAGAGUUUUGCAGAUAGCCUUAAGCAGGGGGCAGAUCUGUCCCCUUCUGCUAAAGAGUUUUAUGAUAUCACUCGAGAGCUCAAUAUGAUUGCAGAGAAGCAUAUUGAGACCAGUAGCGAACAAGAUUGGGC